AUCCUUUGAAAACAGCUUCCUCUUCACACCCACGUUGUUUUUAAAGGACCACAAUGUCCAGCUUCCUGGCCUGGGUAGUUUUGCUUGUCAGAAUCAUCGCUGCUAGACCCACAGAGAAGGCAAGUCCUGCCAUACCAGAAGAUGUGAAGAUGUUCCUCCUGAUUCAGCAGAAUGUCUGGGAGGAAAACAUCAACCUUACUACCUUGUCUUGCGAGGAGCUGAGGAACCAGACAUCAAUCACCUUGCGUGUCCGGAAUCAAAAUCUCACUUCCUUCCCUGAAUGUCUGCCGGAGCUUCUGGAACGUCUGGAUUUGAGUGUCAAUCUUCUGCCAGAAUUAAAUAGCCAAGGUGUGGCUUAUCUGCCCAAACUGCAAAUCCUGUCCCUGAGACAGAAUCAGAUCCACAAGAUGAUAUGGGGGACUGGAAAUCUCAGGCGUCUUCAGUUCGUAGAUCUGAGCUUCAAUUUGCUCUCGGUUGUACCGUCCUGCAUUACUUCUUCUUUGGGCAAUCUGAGGUGGUUGUCUCUAGCGGGAAACCCCAUCAGAGAGAUCCAGCCAUUCGCCUUCUCCUGCUAUCCUCAGCUGCAUUUCCUGAACUUGUCCUCCACGUGGCUGGGAAAAGAUGGGGAAAUGGGGAUUCCGGGAUCUGCUUUUGCAAUGAACGUGUCCCAGCACCCUUCAGAGUCCACUGAAGAAGUCAGAAAAGCUCCAAUCAACAUCCUUGACCUCAGUGCAACCUACUUGGAGAUGAUUCACGAGGACUGGAUCAAAGAUCUGCCACAGCUCACCUCCUUCUACCUAACACAAAUGCCCAAGCUAAGAAGACUGGAUCCAGCUGUCUUCCGCAAUGUGCCCAUGCUAAGAGAAUUGAACUGCCAAGAUUCCCAUGCACUAAGUCUAGUGGAAACCGAGUCAUUCCACCGCAUGCCUCAUGUGGCCUCCCUAAUAUUUGAAAACUGUAACUUGAGCAACUUCAGCCCAUGGAAUCUCACUUCAUCGCACAUCCUCUCCAUCAACCUCUAUGGAAAUCCCUUGGUUUGUCAUUGUGAAAUUUCUUGGUUGCUGUCAAACCCUGACACAGUCAUUCUACAGAGGGCAUCAGACACCGUCUGCUAUUUUUCUCCAGAAGAUAAAGAAACAUCUUCAUCUAUGUUGUUAUCCAAACUCUAUGAUCAGUGUCAAGCUCAGACAACCACGUAUUCGGCCUUGUCUUUGGUUCAAGGCAAACCAUACCACAUCCUUACCAGCAUCACUACAGAAAGAUUGGCUGACUCUAGUACUUUGCCUCAAAGGUCUCUCGGCAAUUCCUUCAUCCCUCAAAGCACAUCUUUUACCUGGAGAGAAUUAACAAGGAAGGGUCCAAGUCGGACAGACGUUCUUGCUUACAAAGAGCAAGCAGUUCCUAGAUCUACUGAGCACCCUCUGAUUGCUGCAUCUCUUACUACAGAGAUCUCAGCAACCCCAGGGAAACUCUCUACUGAGCAACCUGUAGUGAGCACAACUGAAAUGAAGGAAAGGGAAGAAGAUACCACAAAACCACACCAAUCUUCCUUACCCAGUUUUACUACUGAAGUGACAGGAGCAUCUUCCUUCGAAGUUUCCAGUGAUUUGUUCGUUCCAUACAGGAUAACAGAUUCCAGUGAGAAUGAUCUAUCCCUUCUGGAUCCCACCAAAUCUACUUCCCUUCCAAAUCUUGCAUCUACUCAUAGUCUACUGGAUUAUACAGAUGACUAUGAUUACGAAAAGCAGCAAGUGGCAUCUGUAGCCCAGACCGUGGAUUUGUGUGAUUAUGAUCCAUGCAGGCAUCUCCAGAAGCCUUGCGUUGACCUCCAGAAGGUGUCUUCCUGCUUGUGCCCAGGCAUGUCGGAUGAAUUCACCAUCCCAGAUCCGCCAAGAUUUCACGAAGUAUCUGAAAUGAGGGACACUUCAGCCCAGAUCCACUGGUGCUCCCCAAAUUCUGCAGUAAGAUUCUACCAGCUUGCCUACCGUCCAAAAGGCAGCGAAAAGAAUUAUACAAAUUCUGGAGAAAUUUAUGCCACCGCUAGGCGAUACACUCUGUAUAACCUUCUUCCUGGCUCUACCUACCAAGUGUGUAUAAUUGCUUGGAACAAGGCAGGAUCAAGCCGAACUACAGGGUGGAAUGAGUAUAAUCCUCCCUGUAGUACCUUUGUAACAAAGUCCAGCUACACAUCUAUCUUUGCGGCUCUGUGCGCAACAAGUGCGGUCUUUCUCAUAGCUACCAUAUUACUGUCAGUAUGUCUGUGUAAAAAACACAAAACACCACACAUAGAGCAAUAUAACACACAUCUAGUGUCUUAUAAAAAUCCUGCUUUUGAUUAUUCCAUAAAAUAAAUCAGAGCAAUGAGACUGGCCAUUGUUGUAAACUG